AUGAUGCUCUUCAGAGCCAUCCUGCUAUGCCUUGCAGCACUCACCAGCAUCGCCGUCGGUACAGCCCCCGCAAGAGACCCCAAGGACCCGAUGCCAGUUCUUCUCAGCCACAAAGACAAGCCCAAGCCCGUCAACAAGACCACUCUCGACCCUCCAGUCCUCGACGUGAGCGAGUACCUGGUCAAAGAGCUCGCACACCAGACAGUAAACGUGGUCAAAAUGUGGAACGACAGCAAGAUCAACUACGCGUGCAAAAAGGUCUUCGCCAAAGAAGGCUACAAGGUCGAGGACAUUGAGAUGUUCGAGGUGAAGUAUGAAGAUUGCUACGAGACACCAUGGGUAAUGUGCCGCCACAAAGACGCCUGGUACCAACCCGACCUCAUGAACUUCUACAUCGGCCUGAUUCCCGUUAACAUGCGUCGAUUCAACCGCCACUUCAUCGCGCUGCCAGCUGACGAUAAAUACGGGCCCGGCACGUACAAUGACUACGACACCAUAGUCUUCAAAGGGCAAGCCAGCCUGCACAGUAUCAUCGCCGAGUCCUCAAAGUCAAUGGGCCAGUACGUAGGCUCAGGCUUUCCAAUCUGGAGUUCUGGUACUCUGUGGUCCGGUGAGACGUGGGCCGACCUCGUCGAGAACAACGCAACCGCGGUGAUGAAUCCUACGUCUCAAAUUUCUCUCGAGGAGGCAUUCGCUCAGACUAUGGUGCUUGCUAUCCCGGCGUCGCAGGGCGUGGCAUGGGCUGAUCGCAUCCCCGAGUAUAAUAAGAUUUGGGUGUUGGUCUUUGAGCUGUCCCAGAGCCUGUCAUGGGUCUUGACUGUUAAUGACCAGGUUUUUUGUCAGGAGAGAAUCUUGGAGGAUAGUCCUGCGGGCUUGCCCGAGCAGCUGCCUGACACCAAGGUCUAGAGCGGGCACACUUGAUGGACCUGGUGGUAGUUAGGGAAUAGUCGAGUCGGCUUCACGAAUGGGAUUAAUUUAAGGC